AUGUCCGUCGCAGCUUCAACAUGGAUAACAUCCCUCUCGUGUACAUUCCCUGUGAAGCAAACCUCAGGGGACACGUUUAUCUCAACAAUGCUGCAAUGCCUGAGAUUUCUCUUCCUCUCGCCAUGUCCUCAAAGAGCUAUAUUAUCUUUCCUGGAUGUCAUGCUCCUCUUGUUUCUCUUCGUGUUUGCUGUCACCAAGCUCUGGAAAAGGUUCACCUCCGGUGCCGGUUUCGCCACUCACCUCAAUGAGCCACUCGUCAGAAGUAACCGAUGCAUUUUCUUAACAACUAUUCGCUUCAAGCUAUCCUUAACCGCAGAGGUUGUUUUAACUAUACUUUACACGGUUGCUAGCGUUCUUGCGUUUAGCAGUUCCUCCAAGGUGCCCUGGAAACAAGUUGACGACGCAUUUUGGUUAGUCCAGGCCAUAACGCAUGUGGUGCUUGUAGUCUUAAUCAUCCAUGAGAAAAUAUUUGAAGCCGUUACCCACCCUCUUACAGUUCGAGUUUAUUGGAUCGUGAAUUUCUUUGUCACUUCGUUGUUCACAGUUUCUGCGGUUAUGCGUUUGGUCACCGUGUACGUGAGUGAAAGAAACGACUUCAUUGUGGAUGACGUGGUCUUUUUCAUUUCACUUCCUCUGUCGUUAUUUCUUCUUUUUGCUGCGGUUAAAGGGACCACCGGCAUUGUUUUGUCGACAGAAGAAAUUCAAAAACCUUUUUUCGAGGAAACCAAAUUGUAUGAUGGGAGUGAGAGAAAAUCUGAGGUUACUGGCUUCGCUUCAGCUUCUAUAUUAUCUAAGGCUUUUUUGACUUGGAUUAAUCCCUUGUUGCGUAAAGGGUACAAGUCCGCACUGAAGACUGAUGAUGUUCCAACGCUUUCUCCACAGCAUAGAGCUGAGAGAAUGUCGUCUAUUUUUGAAUCAAAAUGGCCUCAACCAAACGACACAUCAAAGCAUCCGGUUAGAAUGACUUUGCUUCGGUGCUUUUGGAAGGAGAUAGCCUUCACUGCCUUCCUUGCAUUCAUUAGGCUCUGUGUCAUGUUUGUCGGGCCAGUUCUAAUACAAAGUUUUGUUGAUUUCACAUCAGGGAAGAGAAGGUCUGAAUAUGAAGGAUACUACCUCGUGUCGAUUCUUCUCAUUGCUAAGUUCAUUGAAGUCAUGGCUUCUCAUCAUGUCAACUUCCAAUCUCAGAAGCUUGGGACGCUUAUACGGAGCACUCUUAUCCCCGCUUUGUAUGAGAAGGGGUUAAAACUAUCAUUCUCCGCUCGGCAAGAUCAUGGGUUGGGAACCAUUGUGAAUUACAUAGCUGUUGAUACCCAGCAACUCUCUGACAUGAUGCUUCGGCUAAAUACUGCGUGGAUGGUGCCACUUCAGGUUGUCAUUGGCUUGUUUCUGCUUUACAAUUGUCUUGGUGCUUCAGUGAUCACCGCGUUUCUUGGUCUUCUUGGUGUUUUUGUGUUUGCUGUGAUUGGUACUCGUAGGAACAAUCGCUUUCAAUAUAAUGUUAUGAGGAACCGUGACUCAAGAAUGAAAGCUGUGAAUGAGACACUUAAUUACAUGCGCGUGAUCAAGUUUCAGGCCUGGGAGGAACAUUUCAGCCAGAGAAUUAUGGGAUUCCGUGAGACUGAGUUUGGGUGGCUCUCCAAGUUUAUGUUCACUACAUGUGCCAAUAUGGUUUUGAUGUGGAGCGCGCCCUUGUUGAUAUCAACUCUCACGUUUGGUACGGCUAUUUUGCUGGGAGUUCAACUUGAUGCUACAACGGUCUUCACAACGACAGCCGUGUUCAAGAUAUUGCAGGAGCCUAUUACAACAUUCCCACAGUCUAUGAUAUCUCUCUCACAAGCAUUGAUAUCACUGGAGAGGAUAGAUAAGUUCAUGUUGAGCAGGGAAUUGUUGGAUGAUUCAAUUGAGAGAAAAGAAGGAUGUGGUGGACAAACAGCAGUGGAAAUCGCAGAUGGGACUUUUAGUUGGGAUGAUGGUAACACGCAGCAGGACUUGAAAGAUAUUAAUUUGGAGAUAAAAAAGGGGAAUGUUUCGGCUAUUGUUGGGACUGUAGGAUCAGGAAAGUCCUCUCUCCUCGCAUCCAUUCUUGGAGAGCUGCGUAAGAUUUCUGGAAAGGUUCGGGUUUGUGGGAGUGUUGCUUAUGUUGCACAAACAUCUUGGAUUCAAAAUGGGACCAUUGAAGAAAACAUUCUCUUUGGUUUACCUAUGGACAGACAGAGGUACAAUGAAGCUAUCAGGGUGUGUUGUUUGGAGAAAGAUUUGGAAAUGAUGGAUUAUGGGGAUCAGACAGAAAUUGGAGAGCGUGGUAUCAACCUGAGUGGAGGCCAGAAGCAGCGUAUACAACUUGCCAGGGCUGUGUAUCAAGACUGUGAUGUAUAUCUUCUUGAUGAUGUCUUCAGUGCUGUUGAUGCUCAUACUGGUUCUGAAAUAUUUAAGGAAUGUGUGAGGGGAGCUCUGAAAGGCAAGACCACUCUUCUUGUAACGCACCAAGUAGAUUUCUUACAUAACGUGGAUCAAAUAUUUGUGAUGAGGGACGGUAUGAUAAUCCAAUCAGGAAAGUACGAUAAUUUAGUAGAAUCUGGAAUGGAUUUUAAAGCUCUGGUGGUUGCACAUGAGACCUCCAUGGAACUGGUAGAGCAGAGUGUGGUCAUGCCUGCUGAAAAUUUCAACAAGCCAACGAAAUCUCCAGAGGUGGCUUCUAUUUACAAGGGAUCCAAUGGUGAAAGCAAUUCUCUUGAGCAGGCCAGAUCUAGCAACAAAAGUUCUAAACUCAUCAAAGAAGAGGAAAAAGAAAUCGGCAAAUUGAGCUUACAUAUCUAUAAACUCUACUUCACUGAGGCUUUUGGGUGGUGGGGUAUUGCAUUAGUAUUGGUUCUUUCUUUGUUAUGGCAAGGGUCUUUGAUGGCAAGUGAUUAUUGGCUGGCGUAUGAAACUUCAGAAGAAAGUGGAAUAGUUAACCCUUCUAUGUUCAUCUCCAUCUAUGCAAUUAUUGCCGCUGUUUCGCUUAUCUUGGUAGUGAUGAGAUGUUACUUCUUUACAAUCUUGGGUUUAAAGACUGCACAAAUUUUCUUCGCACAAAUUCUUCGUAGUAUCUUGCAUGCGCCAAUGUCUUUCUUUGACACUACUCCCUCUGGAAGAAUUCUAAGCAGGGCAUCCUCUGAUCAGGCCAAUGUUGAUGUCCUUCUUCCCUUGUUCACGGGAAUUGUUAUUUCCAUGUACAUUACAGUGAUCAGCAUAUUUAUUGUCACCUGUCAAAAUUCAUGGCCAACAGUGUUUUUGAUAUUCCCUCUUAUUUUGUUGAAUAUGUGGUAUCGGGAUUACUAUCUUGCAUCAUCUCGUGAAUUAACUCGUUUGGAUUCAAUUACCAAAGCACCAGUUCUUCAUCACUUCUCUGAAAGCAUUGCAGGGGUCAUGACAAUUCGUGCAUUUAGACGGCAAAAGAAUUUUUGUCGAGAAAAUCUCAAACGGGUGAAUGAUAAUUUGCGUAUGGAUUUUCACAACUAUAGCUCCAAUGUGUGGUUGGGAAUACGCUUAGAGUUGCUUGGAAGCUUUGUCUUUUGUAUUUCUUCCAUGUUCAUGAUCAUCUUACCCAGUAGUAUCAUAAAGCCAGAAAAUGUCGGCUUAUCCCUCUCUUAUGGGUUGUCCUUAAAUUCUUUCUUGUUUUGGGCAAUAUACUUGAGUUGUUUCAUCGAAAACAAGAUGGUGUCUGUUGAGAGGAUAAAGCAGUUUAUAAAUAUUCCUUCGGAACCAGCAUGGAAUAUCAAGGAUCAUCUACCUCCUUCAAAUUGGCCAAGUCAAGGAAAUGUAGAUAUAAAAGACUUGCAGGUCAGAUAUCGUCCAAACACUCCUCUGGUUCUGAAAGGAAUUACUUUAAGCAUUAGUGGAGGUGAAAAAGUUGGUGUUGUGGGUCGAACUGGUAGCGGAAAGUCAACUUUAAUUCAAGUAUUCUUUAGGCUGGUGGAACCUUCGGAAGGAAAAAUAAUAAUUGACGGUGUUGACAUAUCCUUCUUGGGACUUCACGAUCUUAGAUCACGGUUUGGUAUCAUUCCUCAAGAACCAGUGCUUUUUGAAGGAACUGUGAGAAGCAACAUUGAUCCAAUUGGAGAAUAUACAGAUGAAGAAAUAUGGAAGAGCUUGGAACGUUGUCAACUAAAAGAUGUUAUUGCCGCCAAGCCUGAAAAACUAGAGUCUUUAGUGGUGGAUAAUGGAGAGAACUGGAGUGUGGGACAGAGACAGUUACUUUGUCUAGGGAGGGUUAUACUUAAGAAAAGCCGACUUUUGUUCAUGGAUGAGGCAACAGCUUCUGUUGAUUCUCAAACUGAUGGUGUGAUUCAGAAGAUCAUAAGAGAGGAGUUUGCAUUAUGCACCAUCAUCAGCAUUGCUCACAGAAUACCCACAGUCAUGGACUGUGACAGAGUUUUAGUUGUUGAUGCAGGGCGAGCGAAAGAAUAUGAUAAGCCUUCAAAUUUGCUUAAGAAGAAAUCUCUCUUUGGGGCAUUAGUUGAAGAAUAUGCCAACCGCUCCAGUGGACUAUAA